GUCACGCCCUCGCCAGACAAAGAAUGAAGGACUUUGGAGCAGGCUAUCUGGAACCAAAGGAAUUCAAAAAGCUACCCAUAAGCUCCAUCAUCCGGCACAUGGAAAUGGUCAAAAAAGCUCUUGAGUAGCUAAUGGAUCUUUCCUUAGGGGGCAACUACACAAAAGAUCCCUAUGGGUCGAAGUGUAUCCGCAAGGGCCCCCGAAAAUUAGAAGAUAAGAUAAGAUAUAAGUGUAAAACGUUUACUCCCGAACUGAAAUUUCAUAGAAAAAAUACCGUUAUUUCGCUAGAUUUGAAAAGGUAUUCAUCCAAUAUAGUUAUUUUGACAUAAAAAAAAUGUAUCCAAGAGUUCCAAGAUGAGCAUACAAAUAAACGUCUGUAAAACCCAUAUUACGACGUUUGUAAAGUUAAUCCCUUAAUGGUUUUAAAUUGUUUGCGCUGGCUUUUAAAUAUCUCAUGGUAGUCAAAGAAAUCUGAUUAUUGACAUCAGUAGUGUGAAAGACAGGGACGAGUAAGGAUUCUUAGGGAGAUUUAAAAUAAUUGAUUUAAGUGUUUUGGGAAGAUGUCUCUACUGAAACAAUUACUUUCUACUGGCGUGGUAUGCUGGCUAUGCAUGAGCAUGGGAGUGAUAUUCACCUGGCCGUCGUCAACUCUCCUGCUGUUCGGCUCCGAGAACACCACGCUACACCGCCCCAUGACGGAGGCCGAGCAGGCGCUCUUCGGCAGCCUAUCCUCCAUUGGGGCUCUCGUCGCCACGCCGGUUGCUGGCGUCUUGCUGGAUGUCAUUGGACGGAAAUACUGCACAAUAAUAUUCUCUUUGAUGCAUGUGGUGUGCUGGGCUAUGGUGAUAGCCUCGAACAGAGUAGAGGUGCUUCUCACAGCCAUCUUCAUAUCUGGUAUCGGAGGCGCUGCUUUUCUCGUCGUGCCAGUGUAUAUCAGCGAGUUCUGCGAAGACUCCCUACGUGGAGGCAUGACUUCGGGAGCCAUGAUCUUCUACGCUGUAGGAAUGAUCGUCUCCUACGCUAUAGGUGGAUGGAUGGAUUACUAUCCAAUGGUUUACGUGUGCCUUUCUAUUGCUGUGGUCGGGAUUGUGCUCCUGAGUUGGUUGAAGGAUACGCCCGUGUAUUUAAUGAUGAAGGGAAGGGAAGAGGAAGCCAAAGAGUCAUUGGCAUUCUACAGAAAUAUGAAGAAAGAUUCCAAAGCUAUAUUCCAAGAAAUUGAGGCUAUUCGCCGAACAUUAAACCCGGAUUUGGACUCACCAGAUACUCCCGAAGAAGUAGAACUGAAGGCCAAGCCAAAAGCUGAUUCCAAAGAGAAGCUGUCGAUUCUUCAGUUUAUUAAAAAAUCCUACCCUACCCGCCGGGCGCUCUAUGUAGUCUUGGUUCUGAUGACCGCCUCCAUCUUCCAAGGUCUAGUGGCGGUUCAAGUGUACGCCGAGCCCCUCUUCGCAGAAGCCAUCCCGACCAUGUCUGCUACUGUGUCUAGUGUGCUGUUCUCGAUUAUUACUGUUGUUGCUGGAUUGGCGACGGCUUACUUGACGGAUCUUACUGGCAGAAAGCCCCUCAUGACCUGGUCGUCCGUCGCGGCGGGCGCUUGCUGCGUGCUGCUCGGUUCCCAGAUCCACCUGCACUGGGCCCCGCACAGUGUGACUGCUGUAUUCAUAUUCGCGUUCUGUAUAAUGUACACACUCGGGGCUGGCACCAUUCCGUAUAUAUUGAGCCCGGAGGUGUUCUUGCCUGAGGUUAAAAGCUUCGUCUCCAUGCUGGUAGUCGAGUGGGCGUGGCUAUGUAACUUUAUCCUCCUCCUAAUCUUCAACCCUCUAGUCACAGCCAUCGGGUUAGGACCCGUCUUCUACAUCUUCGCCGUGGUCUGCUUUGCCACAGCUGUCUUUACGCAAUUCUUCUUGCCGGAGACCAAGGGACUGCCUGUUGAUGCUGUGCAGUUGUUGUUUAGUAAAAAGAGAAGGCCCGUGCCGACUCAUGCAUAGAUUAAAUAGAAAAACUUACUCUAACCUUUAAUUUAUGUUAUCCUGGUUUCCCAUUAUCAUUUGUGGAUAGUAUCAUUGUAGAUAUCCAUUCUAGAUUGAGAUCGCUAGUAUACUAUAGAACUAAUUAAAAUUGCUUUUAACAAUUUUCGAAGCUAGGACGUAGUUUAUAGAAGUACCUACCUACUUAUAGUAGUGGGGCAUAAAUGUAAAAACAUUGUCGUGUUUUGGAUGCAGCUAACAAGGUGUUUUAA